GCUUUUAUUAAUUAGUAAUAGAGAGCCUGUUUACUUAGACCAGGAACCAGUUACCUCUUAUAUAAUGUGAUCCACAGCCUAGUUAGUGUAACGUUAUCUGUUUUUCCUCGUAUCGAAUACACAGAAAUAUUGAUAAUACACGAUUACCAUUAAUUAGUAUAUCCACAUCUGACCUCAAUUCCGCCUGUUUAGAACAACAAAAUUAGUUGUUUGUUUUAGCAAAUGAUGUUACCUCUUUCCAUGAACAAGUCAUGUUUGUGUUAUUCUACAUUAAAAAAUGAUAUGUAUAUAUAUUUAUAUGUCUUCGAAGGAUCUGCCCCCGAAUGCCCUGGUACGACUGAGGGUGGGGAGGGUUUGCUCUUCUCGAAAUGCUCGCACAUGGCCACGUGUAUACAGCCACCUCCAGGGAAGUCCUACUCACUGCGUUCUCGCGGUGGGGAUGUUUACAAAGUUGAUAGGACGAAAACCUAACUAAAACUCCAAAGAUUCCACUCUAGUAAAAUACUGUUCAGAUAAUUGGUCCUUGGUUCUCAGUCUGACAUCAGUUCAGGGUGGAAAUUAUCUUCGAAUGAGCGAGAAUUUCUACAAGCGGUAAAUUGUCUUGUAGCCUUCAGUGACCCACUUGGGAACCUUCUUCAGCUUUUAUAUUUCGUAACUUGUGAAAUCAAUAAAAUCAAAUAAGCAUCCUUCAAUAGUAUCGAUCGUACUAUAUCGUCGGAUUACUAUGGUUAAACAACAUAGGCUGAUAAGUUCCAAGUUAGUAGAUAAAUAACGUGUUCACGUCAUGUUCGUGAUUGAUUACUAUCAAACGGCCUUGAAUCAGGAUGAAAUAACUGCUCAGUUUCCUAAUGAUUUUAAAAUUUCACUUGUCUUAGAAGACUCACCAGCCCUGGUGGGUUAAUGUUUUACAGUCUUAAUACGGGUUCAAAAAGAUGACUAUUUUUGGCAACUUGCAUUACUCAUGGAGUAGGCGUGAUAUCCAUCUGACCAUAAAAGGGUGAGUGGAACUAUGUACUACUCUGUGGCUGUGAAACCUGGUCUCUGAAAGUAGAACACAUGUGUUUGUUCCGGAUGUUUGAUCGCAAGCGUUUUCAAAGUAUUGCACGUGUAUCAUAAAAUGGUCAAGUAAGCAGUGCUGAGGUUAUUCACAGGGUACUAAGCAAAGAUAGAUUGCCAUAAUUUAUCACUUAAUCCGUAAACUUUUAGUUCUGUAUUUUAAAACACAACAAACAAAGUACAUCAGUCUUUUUAAAAAUAGAUUUUAGCUCAUAGUGAACCAUGAAAGAGAGCGACAAAUUUAUUCCAUCUUGUGAACACCAUGCAACGGAAGAAUUAUCACCAACCAAAUCUGAGGAUUCUAAUCUUCAAAACACUCCUGAAAUUCCCACAAGCUUGCCUAGUCGAAUUGAACUAGUUCGGCCUAUUUAUCAUCAAAUUUCGGAUUUUUGUUUUGAUUUUGAUUCGGAAGGUAUUCUUCGUCAUAUUCAAACAGGAGACACAUUCUGUGUAAAGGUAACUUCAACAGGCCCUUCACUUAAAAGACAAGAAAUUAUUCGUGCAAUUUGUACACGUUUAAUUCGUCAACGGCUAUUUGCUUUAAAUAUGGAAUCAAGUCAAGUUCCGAUUCCUGGACAUCCUACUCACUGUAUGAGAGUUUUACAUUCUAAAAAUUUUUUUACCCACAAAGGUCCCAUCAUUAUUUUGUUACAAGGGGGUGGAAUUGCUCAGGCUGGCGUUUGGGCUCCUCGUCUUCUAUUACAUCCUCAACAUGGUCUACAGUCUGGCAGUCAAAUAUCUUUAGUCAAAAAAGCACAUGAACAAGGUUAUGCAAUAGCUAUUAUCAAUGCAAACGAACAUGUCCCAAGUGAAGCAGAAAUGGAUGCUAUGGAAAAAUUUCCUAAUCCUUCUUGUCCAUUAUUCAAUGUUACAGAAUGUGUACGUAUUGAUCAUAAUCUUAAGUCACCUGUUCAUGACAAUAAUCAUGAUGUACCAAUCUAUUUUACUUUACCUGAUCAUUCAAAUAAGUUAAUAUUACCUGCGCUUGACAGCAAGUCUCACCAUCCAGUUGCUUUCGAUUCAAAUUUAGAAAAUCCAAUACUCUUUGUACCAUGUAAAUCAUCUACUGAACAAGAAUCCAAACAGUUAUUUCGAUCGUGUUUGACAAGAACACCGUCAUCAUCAUCAGCUUUAUCAUGUUUACUCACUGGAUCGAAUUCUACAUCCAGUUCAACUAUGCGAACAAAUUCUAACCUACAGAAAACACCUGUUUGCUGCGUGAAUUCAAUUUGUUCGACGAAUGAAACUUGUUUAACUUCAUCGACUACUGAUUUGACGUUGAAUACGCAUGUAAAAUCUAUUGGUUCGACAGUUAACGCACCUUCAUCAUCCUCAAUGUUAAAUGCUACUCAUUCACUGAACUACGAAUCACAGUCACAAAAACAUGUGUUUUUAGUUCCAUCUAAUAGUAUCGCUCUUAAGAAUUUGAUACAGGUUCCACAAGGUAGAAAUAUUGUUUCAGAUGAUAUGAAUUCACUUAACUCAUCUAACUGUCAAUCAUUUGUUGAAAAUUCAACUUGCGUGAUAAAUUCCGGAAAUAAUAUUACUGCUGUUAAAAAAUCUUCAAUCAUCUGUCAUUUUCCCGCAACAUCAAUGCCAACAGCAUCAACAACAACGACACUACCAACAACAUCUGAUAUACCAUCAUACUCCAUUGAAGAUAAAGACCGAAAUUUUCCAAAGGGUGGUUCAUUAAACAAUGAUCCAAUAGUGUCAAAUAUUUCUGUAGAGGAUCGUCUCUAUGGCAUAUGGCGUCAACUUAUACCACAUUGUGCAUCAAAUCAUAUAUUAGUUUGGGCUCAUCAACAAGGUGCCAAUGCAUUUAUUCAUCCAUUCAAACCGAUGCCUGAUGUGUUUCCUGGGUUUUCAUUACCAGUUCCAAUUAAUUCACGUAAGAAAUUGUCUUCAACUCCUAUCAACACGGAUAUAAAACAAAUGUCAGAAAAACCGAUUAUCCCACCUACCAUACAUAAUGAUUCCAUGCUUGAUAAAUGUCCGGAAUCCUUAUCCAAUAACCACAACAAUCUGGAUUCUGUAGUUCAGCACAACUCUAAGAUGCGGAUUAAUAAACAAUUAGAGUGGUCAACUGGUUGUUUAUCAAAAGUAUUAAAAUCACCAGUUGUUCUGUCUGAUACAGUAUCAUAUAACACUUCUAAAAAACCACGUUUAUCUAAUGAAUGCGAUGGAAAUAAUCCUUCUACACAAGUUGCAUAUAAUAAUGUGCCUAGUGACUAUCAAAACAAUGGCAUCAAUAAUAUUGACAAAGCAAAAAUACGUUUUACAAGAAGACGUCAUUUAUCUUCUGGACCUAUACUUAUGACACAUAAAAAUGAAAAUAGUACACGUAAAAGUGCAUAUAUUUUGGAGCCUACAAAUGAUAAUUUACCUCUUAUUACAAAUGAUUAUGAACAAUCUCAACAAAAUAAACCUCUUGUGACUAUCAACACUAUUCCUGAUGAAAUUAGAGAAAUACUUCCUAAAGUUUCAACUGGACGUUUAUGGUUCGAUCGACGUAUUUAUGGACCAUGGAGACAUCAUGUCACUCCAGAAGCUUCAAGGCGUGCAUUUUGGUUACCAGAUGAUAACGGCUUAUUAGCUAAAAACAUUUCAAAGAAAAAUGCCUCAAAUUCUAUUACAAAUCAAACUGAAAAUAAAUUAUGUGUUGAUAAUUUACCAGCAGUAAGUGGUAGUGACUUGGAUGCCAUGCGUUUUGCUAAACAUGGUGGUGUCAUACCUCAAAGUGUUGGUAUAUGGUCUGAUAUCAUUUCAAAGGAUAAUAAUAAUUCAGAUGAAUUUUUACAACUACGUUUAGCAAGAGCAUGGCAACGUAAAGCGGAGCGUUUAUGGCGUGAGUUGACAAGUCGUGUAAAAGCUGUUGUAUUUACUGAUUCAGCAGAUGUGUUGGAUUUAUGUGCAGCUGGGGUUGGAUGGGGGUUGAAUAUCCUUAAUGAACAGAAUAAUAAUGAUAGUGAAUUACCCUGUAUUUAUAAGCCUACAAUAUAUCAGCAAAAUAUACCAGAAAAAGUCUUACAAUUCAGAGAAUGGUUAUCACAGAAUUCAGUGAACUAUGUAGCAGCCAAUCUCAAAUUAGGUACACGACUCAAUCCACAAGUUAAUACACAACGACAUGCUAUCCCAACACUGUCAUCAAGCACAACAGAACAUGAUCUCAUUCCUAGUACUGUAUUACAUCAUAUAUUUGAUUUUUUCCGAUCAAAAUUACAACCAUCAUUUCCCAAGGAAGACAGUGAACAUACAAAAUCAGAAUCACCUUCAACAAUCGUGGAGAAUAGUACUUGUUCAAUGUUGUCAUCUGUAAAUUCAUAG